AUGUCAGGGUUCCAGGCACGGUUGCCUACCCAGACGGAGAUUGAGACUUGCAUUCACGUCGAACUCACUGCACAGGACGCUUGGGAUCCUAGUUCGGACAAACUAGAGCAACAAGAGCGUUUGAAAGAGACUCGGUUGUCCAACAUAGCUGGCACCGUGUCUACGUUAUUUCCCGAUCGAAAAUCUGAGAUCUCGGCAGUUCUAUCGUCGGUCAGCUCUACACUGGUUGAUGACGACUUCGUUCAAGGAAUGGAGCAGUCUGUUUGGAUCACAUCGGCUGUGGCUAGUAGUACUACAGUGUCUGAACCACUGACCCCGUGGCAAAACAGGGCGGAAGCGGAAAUCCGGGAACUGAAGAAGCAGGUGCUUUGGAUCAUGUCCCACGAGGGAAUUCCGCGACGAUUUUGGGAUUACGUGGCCGAGUACGUCUCGGAGAUUCGAUCUCGGACCGCACACCCUCUGUAUGAUUUGAAAGGUAGGACGCCCAUUGAGCACGUUACCGGGGAGACUCCAGAUAUCACAGAGUGGCUCGAGUAUAGGAUGUACCAGCCUGUGUGGUAUCUGGACCCUGGGGACUUUCCGGAGGAAAAGAAAUUGCUUGGCCGGUGGUUGGGUCCUGCUCACAGAGUUGGACAGGCAUUAUGUUGCUGGAUUGUUCCCCAGUCGGGACGAGUAAUUGCACGAGGAGGAGCGUGGAUUGGACAGCUUCAAGACUAG